UCGGAGGAGGCAGCAAGGCAGCUGCGUUGAUUUCCCGGACGCGACACGUGCAAGAAAGCAUGGGCGACGGAGAGCGGUACGUGUACCGUGUGAGCGGCUUUGGUAGCCAUGUCGAGCGUAAACUGGUUGAGUUUUUACGCGAACUCGAUCAGGCGUAUUUCUGCUCUUGGUGCGGUACGGUGACGAGAAAUGAGUGGUUGUGGCUCGUUUCUUGCUUAGACGUCGUCUGUUAUGGAUGCAUCUUAGCGUUUAGUUUAGAAGAGUGCCCCGUUCACCGCAAAAUCAAAGUUACCGUCAUGGAGUUGAAGAGGUCAGACUAUUAUGACGUUGCAAAAGAGAAAGUUCGUUGUGUGAAUGCGAUGCGCGGCUGCAAGUACGAAGGUGAACUUCGCAACCUGGACUCGCACCUGGGUUCGUCGUGUGACUUCCACAUGGUCGCAUGCGUAAGGUGCCGGCGCUGCGUGCCCUACAAGGACAUUCGCAAUCACUAUCCGACGUGCAAGGGUGCUUCGGAAGCCUCGGGAAGCUCAGGUGCCGCAAUGUCUCUGUUCGAAGACAUGCGCAACGCUCGCAAGGAGCUCGAGCAAGCGCUGGCCUUGACUGAUUCGCACGAGCACUGCGAGCUUCGCAAGGCUGUCAUCUCGGCGAGCGAAAUGUUGGUUCGACUUGAGGAUCAACUCGGCGCGUUGGGCUCCACGCAGUGAAAUGAAGCUUUGAUGCCGGAAGCACCACAGCCCUGCAUGGCUGCUUGACCGGCGAUCAACGAGAAUGCGCGGUUUAUGCACCAAGAAACAGCUGCGUUUUUCUCGGUGCCUCUGAACUUAACAAGACGCUCUCGAAAGAGUCGAGAGGGCAACACCGUGGACGCCAGCGAGUGUUUCCAUACGAACGGACUUCUUGCAUACCCAAUGUUGUGUUAUUUGCGUUUAUUCGUUCUCUUCUCGAUGU